ACCAAAUUAUUUCUCUUCUAUAUAUAAAAAUAUCUGCAAAAACCCUAACUCUUUAUAACCAAACCUUAGAAAAAAGUAGAGCGGCGGCGGCGGCAGUCCUCCCCCUGAGUUGUAGCCAACAAGAACACCCGUCCCACAAAAUGAAGUUCAACAUUGCAAACCCAACCACUGGUUGCCAGAAGAAGCUGGAAAUUGACGAUGACCAGAAACUACACCUUGAACUGCAGCCGAGCCUUUUUUGACAAGAGGAUCUCACAAGAAGUCAGUGGUGAUGCCCUUGGCGAGGAGUUUAAGGGCUACGUAUUUAAGAUCAUGGGAGGCUGUGACAAGCAAGGUUUUCCUAUGAAACAAGGAGUUCUCACACCUGGUCGUGUUCGCCUGUUGCUUCACAGAGGUACUCCUUGCUUCCGUGGUUAUGGGAGGAGAAAUGGAGAGCGUAGGAGGAAGUCAGUUCGUGGGUGCAUUGUUAGUCAAGAUCUUUCAGUUCUGAACUUGGUUAUUGUGAAGAAGGGUGAAAAUGAUCUUCCUGGGUUGACUGACACUGAGAAGCCAAGAAUGAGGGGUCCAAAGAGAGCAUCAAAAAUCCGGAAGUUGUUCAACCUCUCUAAGGAGGAUGAUGUUCGGAAGUAUGUUAACACUUACCGCCGAACCUUUACAACCAAAAACGGUAAGAAAGUGAGCAAGGCUCCCAAAAUUCAAAGGCUGGUGACUCCAUUGACAUUGCAGAGGAAGCGUGGCAGAAUUGCAGAGAAGAAGAAGAGAGUUGCAAAGGCCAAAGCUGAGGCUGCAGAGUACCAGAAGCUCCUUGCCCAGAGGUUGAAGGAGCAACGUGAGCGCAGGAGCGAGAGCUUAGCCAAGAAGAGAUCCAGGCUGUCUGCUGCCUCUAAGCCAUCCAUUGCAGCUUAAAUUCUGCCACAAGGUUUAGUAUUAUGGUUGGUUGUUUAUUAUAGGAUGAGGUAAUUUUGAUUGUUGGAUUUUUAAGUGUCAACAAUGUGUUGUUUUUUUGUUUAUCACAUGAAUGGUAUGCUUUAAAUUUUUGCGACAUUAUUAUGUUGGGAGUGUUGUGGUAACUUUACGAAUGGUUAAUGCUUCUUCGGUCAA